AUGGCAUCUAUUUCACGAACCCUACGGUCUCGCGCCGCAUCCCUGUGCACCGCGUGUGCUGCCCCUCGUACUCUCACACGCGUAGUCUUUGCCACCUCGAGAGCGCCCGCAGCGCGCUCAAUAGCUACGACAGCACAAAGAAGGUAUGCGUCAGCAGCAGAGCAGUAUUCCGACGUCGCAGAGGUCGACUAUGCCUCCCUCAGCCCGACUCCCAUAACGCAUUUCUCGGAAACAGAAAUCAUGCUGGCUGAGUCUGUAUCGAGAUUUGCCAACGAACAGAUUGCACCUAAGGUCCGAGAAAUGGAUGAAGCAGAGAAGAUGGACCCUGCUAUAGUCGAGCAGCUCUUUGAGCAAGGCCUGAUGGGCUUCGAGAUCCCGGAAGAGUACGGCGGCUCAGGAAUGAACUUCACAUCAGCGAUCGUAGGAAUCGAGGAGCUUGCAAGAGUCGACCCCUCGGUCUCGGUGCUUUGCGACGUACACAACACUCUCGUAGUCACAGCUAUACUAAAGUAUGGAACCGAGGAAUCGAAGAAGAAGUGGUUGCCGAAGCUGGCCACCAACACCGUGGGCUCUUUCUGUCUAUCAGAACCUGCUUCGGGCUCAGACGCUUUCGCGCUCAAGACAAAGGCUGAGAAGACUGCAGAUGGCUACAAGAUCAACGGCUCCAAGAUGUGGAUCACCAACUCGAUGGAAGCAGAGUUCUUCAUCGUGUUCGCAAAUCUCAACCCGGAGAAGGGCUACAAGGGCAUCACUGCCUUCGUGGUUGACAAGAGCAUGAAAGGCUUCGGCAUCGCGAAGAAGGAGAAGAAACUAGGCAUCAGAGCCUCGAGUACAUGCGUUGUAACUUUCGACGAUGUCGAGAUCCCGGCUGGCAACCUGCUCGGGAAAGAAGGCGAAGGCUACAAAUACGCCAUCGGUCUCCUUAAUGAAGGUCGCAUCGGUAUCGCAGCUCAGAUGACCGGUCUUGCCCUUGGUGCCUGGGAGAACGCCGCGAAAUAUGUCUGGAACGACCGGAAGCAGUUUGGCCAACUGAUCGGCGAAUUCCAGGGUAUGCAGCACCAGCUUGCUCAGGCAUACACCGAGAUAGCCGCUGCGCGAGCAUUGGUCUACAAUGCUGCCCGCAAGAAGGAAGCGGGUGAGGACUUCGUCACCGACGCUGCCAUGGCCAAGCUCUAUGCCAGUCAGGUUGCUGGACGAGUCAGUGGAUUGGCCGUGGAAUGGAUGGGAGGUAUGGGUUUUGUGCGAGACGGUAUUGCUGAGAAGAUGUUCCGGGAUAGCAAAAUUGGCGCAAUCUACGAAGGAACAAGCAACAUUCAGCUGACGACGAUCGCGAAGGCGCUACAGAAGAAGUACACGCAGUGA